AUACGAGCCCACCAUAACAAUGUCGGCGAAGAAAGACCAGGGGCACAUCUCUUCUUACACGAGAAAACUGAGGGAAAACGUGAAGGCCAUAUUGGAGAACUAUGGAGAAAUGCUCAAAGCAGCCAAGGUUCGCGCGGCCGAAAAUCUAUCGAAGCUGGUGUCGGAUCUGAAAGAGUUCCUAAUCCUCAACGACUUCUCGAGCGUCAACGACUCGUGCACGCAGCACAUCUCGGAGCUGGCCGCGGCCCAGGCCAAGAACAGGGCGGAGCUGGAGGCUCUGUACAGUCAGGCGGCCGCUCUGGCGGCGGGAGUCGCCGGACAGACUGUGAAUCCUGCAGCCCAGCCACAGAGCCAGGAACUGCAGCAGUCGCAGCCCGUGCAACCACACAGAACUAUGUAG